AUGUCCUUCCCUAAUCUUGAAUAUCUUGACCUCAGCUUGAAUGAUCUCUUUGAUGCCAUCCCGCCUCAGAUUAGUUCCCUCUCCAAACUCAUCUAUCUUGAUAUGUCUUAUAAUCAGUUUUCUGGAAUAAGUCCACCAGAAAUUGGUCAUCUAAAAAAUCUUGAGGUCCUGCACCUAAAUGAAAACCAGUUAAAUGGCUCAAUUCCUCAAGAGACAGGUCAUCUUCAGUUUCUUUACGAGCUUGCCCUAUUUGCCAAUUAUCUAGAAGGUCCAAUUCCUGCUUCUCUGGGUCAUUUGAACAACCUGACUUCAUUGUAUCUCCAUGAGAAUCAACUUUCUGGUUCUAUACCUGCUUCCCUAGGCAAUUUGCACAACCUGGCUUCCUUGUAUCUACAAGAAAAUCAACUUUCUGGCUCAAUCCCACCAUCUUUAGGUGAUCUGACAAACCUUGUCUAUCUCUUUCUCUACCAAAAUAACCUAUCAGGAUUCAGGAACCAUUCCGAAAGAUAUUGGGAACUUGAACUUAAUGGUGGAUUUAGAGUUGGCGAUAAAUCAACUCAGUGGUUCCAUUCCCGCCUCAAUUGGUAA